CGGGGACCGAGGGGAGUUCGGGAGGAGAGCGCUCUGGGGCGACGGCGAACGAAAGCUUUUUAAUUAGUAAUAAAACGCAAUAAAACGCAGCAAAAGCAGCCUGGACCCGUGUCCCAACUAUCAGCGCGUUUGCGGGGAGAUCCAAGGAAGUCGCGCAGAAACCCGCUGCGGGCCAGUCUUCUCUACGGCCCGGCUUGGGCAGGAGCCACAGCGCUGCGCAGCGCAGGGCCAGGGCGGGGAGACGGUCACCUCGCCUCCAGGGCUACCUGGGUCCUUUUAAAGUGUCCAGGGUGCGGGCCCCGGGCGGGAGCGACGAGCAAGGAAUGUUUUCUUAAAGGGCCAGUUCCGAGCUGCGCUGAAAAGGGGGGGGGAGGGGGGAGAGAGAGAAGUGAGGUGAAGACCGAGAAGGCCUCGGAGAGCCCCCCAAUCCCGCGCCGAGGCGGCGGCGGCGGCGGCGCGACGAAGAGGAUGAUGAACACAUUGCAAAGUUUUUUUGGCCCCGGCGAGGGGUGUCAGAUUGAGUGCUCUGUGCGCAUGUGCGAAGGUGUCCAAACUGACAAUGCUAGGGAGAUGAAGAUAGUGUGUAGCUGCUUCUGGGCUCAAGGAGGAGGAGAGAGAUUCCGCGAGCCGACACCAUGCGAUCCAAGGCGAGGGCGAGGAAGCUAGCCAAAAGUGACGGUGACGUUGUAAAUAAUAUGUAUGAACCUGACCCGGACCUGCUGGCCGGCCAGAGUGCCGAGGAGGAGACCGAAGACGGCAUCCUGUCCCCCAUCCCCAUGGGGCCACCGUCCCCCUUCCCCACCAGCGAGGACUUCACUCCCAAGGAGGGCUCGCCCUAUGAGGCUCCUGUCUACAUUCCUGAAGACAUUCCAAUCCCACCAGACUUCGAGCUACGAGAGUCCUCCAUACCAGGAGCUGGCCUGGGGAUCUGGGCCAAGCGGAAGAUGGAAAUCGGGGAGAGGUUUGGCCCCUACGUGGUGACGCCCCGGGCCGCACUGAAGGAGGCCGACUUUGGAUGGGAGCAGAUGCUGACGGAUACAGAGGUGUCAUCCCAGGAGAGCUGCAUCAAAAAGCAGAUCUCUGAAGACUUGGGUAGCGAGAAGUUCUGCGUGGAUGCCAAUCAGGCGGGGUCUGGCAGCUGGCUCAAGUACAUCCGUGUAGCGUGUUCCUGUGAUGACCAAAACCUCGCCAUGUGUCAGAUCAACGAACAGAUUUACUAUAAAGUCAUUAAGGACAUCGAGCCUGGAGAGGAACUGUUGGUGCAUGUGAAAGAAGGUGCCUACUCCUUGGGUGUCAUGGCCCCCAGCUUGGAUGAGGACCCCACAUUCCGCUGUGAUGAGUGUGAUGAGCUCUUCCAGUGCAGGCUGGACCUGAGGCGCCACAAGAAGUACGCGUGCAGCUCUGCAGGAGCCCAGCUCUACGAGGGCCUAGGGGAGGAACUCAAGCCCGAGGGCCUUGGCGUGGGCAGCGACGGGCAAGCGCAUGAGUGCAAGGAUUGCGAGCGGAUGUUCCCCAACAAGUACAGCUUGGAGCAACACAUGAUCGUCCACACGGAAGAGCGUGAGUACAAAUGUGACCAGUGUCCCAAGGCCUUCAACUGGAAGUCCAACCUCAUCCGCCACCAGAUGUCUCACGACAGUGGCAAGCGCUUCGAAUGUGAAAACUGUGUCAAGGUGUUCACGGACCCCAGCAACCUCCAGCGUCACAUCCGCUCACAGCAUGUCGGUGCCCGGGCCCAUGCCUGCCCUGACUGUGGCAAGACCUUCGCCACAUCCUCUGGCCUCAAACAGCACAAGCAUAUCCACAGCACGGUGAAGCCAUUCAUAUGCGAGGUCUGCCACAAGUCCUACACGCAGUUCUCCAACCUGUGCCGGCACAAGCGGAUGCACGCCGACUGCAGGACGCAGAUCAAGUGCAAGGACUGUGGGCAGAUGUUCAGCACUACCUCCUCCCUCAACAAGCAUCGGAGAUUCUGCGAGGGCAAGAACCAUUACACGCCUGGCAGCAUCUUCACCCCAGGCCUGCCCUUGACCCCCAGCCCCAUGAUGGACAAGACAAAACCCUCCCCGACCCUCAACCACGGGGGCCUAGGCUUCAGCGAGUACUUCCCCUCCAGACCUCAUCCUGGGAGCCUGCCCUUCUCGGCUGCUCCUCCGGCCUUCCCCGCACUCACUCCGGGCUUCCCGGGCAUCUUUCCUCCAUCCCUGUACCCACGACCACCUCUGCUACCUCCCACGCCGCUGCUCAAGAGCCCCCUGAACCACGCGCAGGACGCCAAGCUACCCAGCCCGCUGGGAAACCCAGCCCUGCCCCUUGUCUCCGCGGUCAGCAAUAGCAGCCAGGGUGCCACAGCGGCCACCGGGUCAGAGGAGAAAUUUGAUGGCCGCUUGGAAGACGCAUAUGCGGAGAAGGUCAAAAAUAGGAGCCCUGACAUGUCGGAUGGCAGUGACUUUGAGGAUAUCAACACCACGACCGGGACAGACUUGGACACUACCACGGGCACGGGGUCAGACCUGGACAGCGACCUGGACAGUGACAGAGACAAAGGCAAGGACAAGGGGAAGCCAGUGGAGAGCAAACCUGAGUUUGGGGGUGCAUCUGUGCCCCCUGGGGCCAUGAACAGUGUGGCCGAGGUACCGGCCUUCUACUCACAGCAUUCCUUCUUCCCGCCACCCGAGGAACAGCUGCUGACGGCCUCGGGAGCUGCCGGCGACUCCAUCAAGGCCAUCGCGUCCAUCGCGGAGAAAUACUUCGGUCCUGGCUUCAUGAGCAUGCAGGAGAAGAAGCUGGGCUCACUACCCUACCACUCCGUGUUCCCCUUCCAGUUCCUGCCUAACUUUCCCCACUCCCUCUACCCCUUUACGGACCGAGCCCUCGCCCACAACUUGCUGGUCAAGGCUGAGCCAAAGUCACCCCGGGAUGCCCUCAAGGUGGGCGGCCCCAGUGCGGAGUGCCCCUUCGACCUCACCACCAAACCAAAAGAGGCCAAACCCGCCCUGCUCGCACCCAAGGUCCCCCUCAUCCCCUCAUCUGGCGAGGAACAGCCACUGGACCUGAGCAUCGGCAGCAGGGCCAGGGCAAGCCAGAACGGAGGUGGCCGUGAGCCGCGGAAGAACCACGUCUACGGUGAACGGAAGCCGGGGGUCAGCGAGGGGCUGCCUAAGGUGUGCCCAGCACAGCUGCCCCAGCAGCCCUCCUUGCAUUAUGCUAAGCCUUCACCGUUCUUCAUGGAUCCCAUCUACAGCAGGGUAGAAAAGCGGAAGGUGGCAGACCCUGUGGGAGUCCUGAAAGAGAAGUACCUGCGGCCGUCCCCACUUCUGUUCCACCCCCAGAUGUCAGCCAUAGAAACCAUGACGGAGAAGCUGGAGAGCUUUGCAGCCAUGAAGGCCGACUCAGGCAGCUCCCUGCAGCCCCUGCCUCACCACCCGUUCAACUUCCGCUCCCCACCCCCAACGCUCUCGGAUCCCAUCCUCAGGAAGGGGAAGGAGAGAUACACGUGCAGGUACUGUGGCAAGAUCUUCCCCAGAUCUGCAAAUCUCACAAGACAUCUGAGGACACACACAGGGGAGCAGCCAUACAGGUGCAAGUACUGUGACCGGUCAUUCAGCAUCUCCUCCAACCUCCAGCGGCACGUGAGGAACAUCCACAACAAAGAGAAGCCGUUCAAGUGCCAUCUGUGCAACCGCUGCUUCGGGCAGCAGACCAACCUAGACCGGCACCUGAAGAAGCACGAACACGAGGGCGCACCAGUGAGCCAGCACUCCGGGGUGCUCACGAACCACCUGGGCACCAGCGCCUCCUCCCCCACCUCCGAGUCGGACAACCAUGCACUUUUAGAUGAGAAGGAAGAUUCUUACUUCUCCGAGAUCCGAAACUUCAUCGCCAACAGCGAGAUGAACCAGGCAUCCACUCGAAUGGACAAACGGCCUGAGAUCCAAGACCUGGACAGCAACCCACCGUGUCCAGGCUCAGCCAGUGCAAAGCCAGAGGACGUAGAGGAGGAGGAAGAGGAGGAGCUGGAGGAAGAGGAUGAUGACAGCUUAGCCGGGAAGUCACAGGAGGACACGGUGUCCCCCACACCUGAGCCCCAAGGAGUCUAUGAAGAUGAAGAGGAUGAGGAACCACCCAGCCUGACCAUGGGCUUUGACCAUACCCGGAGGUGUGUUGAGGAGCGAGGAGGCGGCCUGUUAGCUUUGGAGCCGACGCCGACCUUUGGGAAGGGGCUGGAUCUCCGCAGAGCAGCUGAGGAAGCAUUUGAAGUUAAAGAUGUGCUUAAUUCCACCUUAGAUUCUGAGGUUUUAAAACAAACCCUGUACAGGCAGGCUAAGAACCAGGCAUAUGCAAUGAUGCUGUCCCUCUCUGAAGACACUCCUCUCCACGCCCCCUCCCAGAGCUCACUGGAUGCUUGGUUGAACAUCACAGGACCCUCGUCAGAGUCCGGAGCCUUUAACCCCAUCAACCACCUCUGAGGUCCUGGAGGCCCCAGGGCCAGAGUCCAAAGCCAGGGUACCAGCUGCAGGAGAUGGAGAAGGGGCCAGGGAGCAGCCCCCCACCCUCAACACCUCCACUUUGCAAAGUCCAGCUUCUCCAUUGAAACUCAGAACCCGAAGGUCCCUUGAGUAGCCGCUGGCCUUCAUCACCUCUCAGAACUGGCCUCAAGGACACGAUCUGCAGUGGGUGCGGUGCACGGGCCACCCAGGAGCUGCUCACAGGAGCCAUGGAUCAGAAAACUCGUGGGCAAGGGUGGGGUCUCUAUCCCAGCAGGAGCCAGUUGGCCACAUCCAGGCAACUGCAUGGUAUGAAAGAGGAAAUCGGAAAGACGUGGGCAAGUGCUAUGGAGAGAGACCUCAUCAAUGAUUUUUAUAAUGAGAAUCACAUGAUUAAGCCUUUUGGUAAUCUUAUUGACUAUAGAGUCUAUUUAAGCAUGUGGGUUUUAAAAAAAAUAGACGGUAUUUUUUAAAAAUCAAAAAAAAAAAAAAAAGACUUGCAAAAUGUUUUUUUAAAAGUAAUUUUGCAUCGCUUUGGAAUUUCAGCUUAUUGGCAAACCCACACCUGCCAGGACAUCGAGUACGGCUCGGGUGUGCCCUUUAUAAUGUAAAUAAUGGAGAAUUUUUUUUCUAUCUCUGACCUGUUUGUAUAAGCCAAGGUGAUUCCAGUGUGCCCGACACAGGAUAAGGGGCAUGGAGCCACUCUGCUAAGUCAGAUGCUGACUACACAAGAAUUCAUGGACGUGGUGCCUGGCUGCAGGUUUGCAGAGGGAGGCCAGGAGAAAGAGGUCGCCUUGCCCUGUGUGCUCUGCAGAGGAAUCCACGGGUCCCACCCAAGACCCUCCCCAAUUGUAUGGGGAAGUCGGGAGCCAGUGGCUCAGGUCUUCCAUGCUGGACACCUAAGGAUCUUCCCCUUCAGCAGCAGCACUGGCCUUGACUGCUGCUCUUCUGAAGGCAGGGCUCUGGGCCAUGUGGAGGCCUCCAGCCUUCUACCCUCCCCAACCCUGGCAGGCUGAUGCCCUCCCCAUGGCCACUGAGUGUGGGACGCCUGCCCACCUGCUACUCCACUCCAGGACACCAAGCACUACCUGUGCCUAAGACUCCAGAUCAAUCACACAGUCGCCACUUCUGCUCUUUGUGUGGGUUCCUGGUGAGAAUAGGACGGGGACAGGAGGAAGAUCCAGGGGACCUGCCACAGCAAAGAACAGAGACAGUACAGACCCCAAGACCGGAUGCCUCACUCAUUUGGGACGGUCAGAACGUGUCUACUUCUCUGCUUGGAUGGGCUUUAAAUUAUCCCAUAGGGGCCAAUUUCAAAUAAUUUCUUUUCCUGAUGGAAUUUACCUUAAUCUGUAUAUAACUUGUAAUUUUUUUUUCUAAUUCAUUUCUUUCCUUAUUUUAUUUCUUCCUUAACAGUAUUUUUGGCAUUGGACAACUUAUUCUGAAGAAAUGAUGUUAAUAUAAGUAUGUAGUGAAGGACCAAACCGUGUGAUAAGGUUGUGUGCUGUGUGAUCGGUACCCAGGGAGCGGGGCGGUGUUAAUGUGCCAAAUACCCCUGUGUCCCUCCCUCCAGGAGUUCCACGGUCACCACUGCCCACUUACCAGACAAUCAUAUGAUUUUGUUAAAUUUGAGUUUCAGUUACAUUUUAAGACAAGUGUUCUAUUUAUUUUAUUGUUUGGAAGGAGGGGGGCAUAUCCCAACAAGAUAAGAAGGAACAGAGACCGCCUGGGUUGUCAUUUAAAACUACAAGAGAUUGUGAUUGUGUGAGCGUCAGCAAACUCGGAGCACGCGUGUCAUGCCGUGGGCCUGUCAGCGGUUCCCUCUGGGAGCAACUUAAACAUCCAAGCACAGAUCUUUUAUAUUUGCUAAGGCCGUUCUGGGACAAAGACCGUCAUCUUUGCUGAUGCUCAGUGGUCCAGGCUACGCUGGGAUCCGUGAUGGGGAUAUCCCAGAAGACACCAUUCCCCUGCAGGUUGCGGUGAAUCUCAGUGACAUAGCAUGGAACAGUCAGUCCUGUGCCGUGCUCAGAAGCACACUCUCGAGUGCACACUGGACGGCCUGAGGCAGCAGGGACACUCUGCAGAGGAACUUGCCAUGGUCCAGUGGUAAGGAUUCGUAGGUCUAACUGCUCAUGCUUCUCAUGGGUUCGUGACAUCAUCUCCAUGGCGGGCCAGGCCUCGGCUUGAGAAUCCCAGUUUCCUCUAGGUGGGAGCUAGUCCUGUGUAAGUUCAACCUCAGAUAUACAUGCCCCACUUUUGUAAACCCCAAAUUAUAUGCUUUCUUCUCAGAAAGAGCAAGGUGUGUGCUUUUUUUUUCCCCCGCGGUAUGACUUUCUCUCUCCGGUACGGGGAGUCUAUCUGGAUGGGGAUCUUCUGUGGACCUUUUUGACAGCAGCAGAGCAGCUAAAGGCUCCCUUCUCAUCCUCUGGCACGCACAACCCCUGUCCAUCUCUAACCCAAGAGUCCCAUCUGUGCUGAGUUAAAUGCUUUGCCCCCACAAAGUGAUGAUUCCAAACUCAGGUUAUCCUGAACAGUCAUCCCCUUGGGCCCAGCACUUGGAAUUUGAAGGACUCCGUCCUUGCUUGCCACCCCCGACAAAGACAGCACUUGAUUUUCUGCACUGAGUUCCAGAUAUUCUGCCUCUACUCUGCAUUGCCCUCAACCAGUGAGCUCUGCCCACCUGGCGUCUCUGCAGUCUUAAUAGUGCCCAGCUGGCUCAAGCAAGCAUCAGAUCAGGUACAGGAGACCCUCUCAGAGUCAGGAAGCUGGACCAGGUGUGAGUUCAAAGGUCUUGGCCACUGGAGAACCAGACCAUUAACUUGGCUCUCUUGCCUGUUGCUGUGCAGGAUAGAGGGGCAGGGCAGAGGUUCAGCCACGAUUGUUUCCCAAUGAUACUUUCCAUUGUUUGCACUUGCCUCCUCAAAUAGAAAUUCAUUCAUCGGGAGGCCACCUAGCUUGCAUUCCCUCUAGCCCCGGGCAAGGCCACACUUAGGCCCUGUCAUUGCUGCCACACCUAGGAUGAUCAGGUAGGAAACGCAGGGCUUCACUGUCCUGCAGGAAGGUAGAUCCUGCAUGAGUAAGACCCCGUACAUCCCUGUGCAAACCCAGGGUGUAAACCUCAGUAAUGGGAGAGCAUGACAUGGCCAAGCCUGUGGGGCCCUACUCUCCAAGGCCGGGGAGAGCAGGUAAUCUACCCAGACCCAGACUGACCUGACCCCUCUGCCUCCCAGGGUCCAGACCCAGAGCUCUUGGCUUCCUCUCCCUCAUCUGCCUCCACAGUGAGUGUCUGCGAAGCACUUGCUUAAAUACAUAUCACGUGUUUUAGACUCGAAGCUCAAAGCACUGGAUUGUGGUCCCUGUCCCUGCCCAAGUGGCUGAGACCUACUGAGCUGUUCACUGUGCCGUUCGAGGUAGGGAAGAAAAGGCCUCCGAGCUGUUGCUGGGACAGGAGGGUGGAGAGGCCUGGGACAGACAGCGCUCCCUCCUGCCAGUAGACACUGGGACAUCCCUGUCCACGGAGAUCAGCCGGGUAUCGAAAGCCAUGAAGACUGUCCCUAGCCCUGAGCGAUACUGUGACAAGACAUUCUUGAAUUCUCCCCAGACAAGGUCACUUCCCCCACCAUUCCAGCCAUUGUCUGUCUGUCACCAAUUCACAUCCUCACUUCUAGGAGGGGGAAAGGUUGAGUCUUUAGAUGUGCGAUUGAUCCCCUUGCAACUGGGGGAAGCUGGGGGUUUCCUCAGUGUCUCCCACAGCGCAGCUACUCUCUUCAGUGUGGGGAAAGGGGGGCCCUGGUGUCAGAAUACGUAACUUAAAGCCUGUGCGUGUGGUGGUGCGUGGUGUGUGUGUGUGUGCAUGUGUGCUGUAUGUGUGUACUUUGAACCAAUAGUAUAUAAAUAUAAAUAUAAAUAUAUAUAUAUAUCCCUGACACCCGCGAGAAUCUCCACCCUGUAUGAGAGUUGCCAUUGUUACAUUCAGAUCGGAUUCAGUUCGUUUCUGUUUCUGUUUUUGUUGUUGUUGGGUUUUUUUUUUUUUCCUUUUAGAACUAUAUAGUGUUGAGAAAGGAAUCAAAUGUAAAUGUCUGGUUUCCAUAUAACGUUAAAAAAGAAAAUUAAAAAACCAUUAAGGAGGGGGCUGGUGUCUGCCCUGCCCCCUUCCCUGUAAAUUGCUGUUGUGUUGAUAAAGCUGUGCAUGGCUCGUGUUUAGCGGUCAUUAUUGUGUCUGUUUGUGGAAUUCUUAUGAUGAGGAAAAUCCCGUAGAUGCACUUAUUGAAUAUGUGAUUAGGUCUAAGUCAGGGCCAGGAGUCCCAAAACGCCCACAAGAAAAAGAUAAAAAGAAAAAAAAAUGGACCACAGUUCCUGGUGACUAUGGAAAUCGCCGUGAGAGAAUCGUGAAUCGAGAAGACGCGGCUUGAGAAUAGUCAAAUGUGAUUUUUUUUUUUUUUUUUUUUUUUUGCAGAUCUCAUUCUGAGGCUUAUGGCAAAGACAAAUGUACUUGUGUAGAGGUUUCUGUGAGGUAAAAGCCAGGAGGGCCUGGCUUUGAGGUCAAUGCUGUAGAAUAGGACUGACUGGAUACCAAAUGUAAUCUUUCCGAUGCUACAAUGAAUUUAUACACGAGAUUGAUAUGCAAUAAAUCUGUGUGUUUUUCUAA